CGAACCGCAAUCUUGCCCAAUGCCGCCCAUCUCGGAUUCCCUGCUCCCCACAACCACUGGGCCACGCCUCAUUCUCUACGCGCAGACGCACCAUCAGAAUGGCGCGCCCGUGUCGCUUCUGCCGCUCAUCACCAACCAGACGGGCCUGACACACGUCAUCGUUGCCGCCAUCCACCUGAACGAGGGUCCGGGCAACAUUACGCUUAACGACGAUCCGCCCGAGGCCCCCAAGUAUGAGACGCUAUGGUCCGAAGUGCGCUUGUUGCAGGGCGCGGGCAUCAAGGUCAUGGGCAUGUUGGGGGGUGCGGCCAAAGGGAGCUAUUGGCGCCUGCAGGGCAGUGACAACGAGUUUGAGGCCUACUAUGCGCCCCUCCGAGACAUGAUUCGCCGGCACAACCUCGAUGGUCUCGACCUUGAUGUCGAAGAGGAAAUCGCCCUCCCCACGCUCCUCCGCCUCCUCAUGCGCCUCCGCGCCGAUUUCGGCUCCGACUUCAUCACGACCCUUGCUCCCGUCGCGACCGCUCUCCUUCCUAACAUGCAGCUCCCUCCGACGACGUACACGCCGCCGCUCCCGGUCCUACCAACUGACAUUCCCAGUCCCAGUGCCGGCAUCCCGCUCACUGUGCCCCACAGCCUGCCACACCUAAGCGGCUUCUCGCACUUUGCACUCGAGGCCGGACAUUCCUCGCUCGUCAAUUGGUACAAUGUGCAGUUCUACAACGGAUGGGGCGACGCGUCGAAGACGGCCUUCUACGACGCCAUCCUCGCCGCCGGCUGGCCUCCAAGCAAGGUCGUCCUCGGCGUUCUGACGAACCAGGGCAACGGCGGCAGCGGCUACGUCGCGCCGCGCAUGCUGGAAGACGUAGUCAGGGUGCUGCGCGCGAGGAAGCCAGACGCUUUCGCUGGCGUCAUGGGCUGGGAGUACUUCAACGCGGCCCCGCAUGUCGGCGAGGCUGACAUGGCCGACAUGGAGGGAACACUCACCAGCCAGCCGUGGGAGUGGGCGCAGCGUCUAGGUCGGGUAGUGCGUACGGCGCUACCAGCGCUGCCUGGACACGCCGAGGCUGGGCGCGGCGUCGAGAGACCCUCGGAGCGCGCGUCCGGCGCUGGGCCGAUGCCCUUGCCUGAGACGCAGGUGCCUUGGCCGCCAGAGAAGGUGCAGCAGCUUGUUGAUUUGGGGUUCGGGCGCCCGCGUGUUGUUGCUGCGUUGAAUGCAACGGGAGGCGACGUCGAGGUGGCGGCGGGGCUCCUAUUUGAGGAGUGAGGCCGUUGGGGCGCCGUGUAGAUGGCUGCUAGAUGGUACCAGAUGCAUAUGAUCCAUACGUGUCUGCUGCACCACAGCAAAUGUUCAAGUCACAAUGCGGUGCGCAUGCCUAACCGCUGUACAUACAAGUUUCAGACAUAGAUAUAGAGAGUCUUUUGUCUCCC